AUGAGCAGCUCCAAUAUUUCUUAUGCCGCAGCAGCAAAGUCGUUAGCCGAGCAAUCUUCAAAGCAGACUCAACCACAGCAUACCCAACCUCAGCAGGCUGUGGGAAAGCAGACUCAACCUCAGCAGACUGGGGGGAAGCAGACCCAACCUCAGCAGACCACGACAAAACAGGCCUUGGAAGCGACGAGCAAUGGCGCUAGUUCUGCAACUAGCACUGGAACCGCAACUCCUUCCGCGACUACAACCGCAACUACAACCGCGACUCCUUCCGCAACUACAACUGCGACUGCGACUGCGACUGCUCCGGUGACUAGUUCAACAUCCCCAUCACCCAGCGUCAAGUCGUCCCCGUCCAAACCUAAUUUAGCCCCAGCACCAAUACCUUCCACCUCAGCCUGGGGAUCUAUAUCGAAGGAAGUCUCUACCUUGAAACUAAGUGAUAACAAAAAGACACCAAUUUUGGGUGAACAAUCGCCGUCUUUGAAGCAACAAGGACAACUGCCAAAAAAGUUUAUCAAACAAAAUACAACAAAAUGGGUUCCUCUUGAUGUUAAUGUGACGUUGCAAUCGAGAUCCAGUGGUUCCGGUGCAAAACUAAGAAACAAAAGGAGACACAAUAGUGCCGGUACUGCAAAGGAUCAAAAUGCAAAGUCCAGAGCAAGUGGUAAGAAGAAGGAAGAGUCGAAGCAAAUUUCGACUGAUGAAUCCACAAGUGUUCGUGCAAGUGGCGACGAUAAGUCUGAGGACCAGCGAGUAACCACUGAGCCGCAGCAUGCAGAUGAGAAAAGAGUUGUAAGUACUGAUUCCGCUUCUAAGAUUGAAGAGAAAGAACCCACGGUAGAGGAAACUACUUCUUUGACCACCGAACACGAAAAAGAUGCAUCUUUUGAAGACAAAAAAAGAAAGGAAUCUACAGGUUCGGCAUCCGAGAGUGCUGAUUCUACCGAGGAAAACGUUGUGGUAUCUGAAGAAACCCAACAAAAUGCACAGCAACAGCCACAUCCAAAGCAAUUUAGUAAUAGGCGUUUCAAUUCAAACUACAAUGGAUCUGCCAAUGGCUAUUCCAAGAGAUACAACAAUAACAAUAACGCUAACUCCAACACUGGUCAAAAUUACAAUAUAAACUAUCAAGGACAGCAACCAUUUGCACCACGUCCAUAUAGACAACAAAGUUAUAAAAACAGAUACAACAACCAAAAUGGUUCAUCCACACCAAAUUCACAAAAUCAACAACAAUUUCACCCUCAACCUUAUGGAGGUUACAUGGCACCCAUGUACUAUAUGCCAAUGCAAACUCCACCACCAGCAGCGUUUAUGUCACAGCAUUAUCCUGCGGCAGCAGCAGCAGCGGCAGCAGCAGCUAUGCUUGCUCAACAAUACCCACAACAACAACAACAGCAUCACCAGCAUCAAAUUCCAGUUCCCGCCUUUACUGUUCCGCCACCGCCACCACCAAUUUCACCAAAACAGAAUCCUCAAGAAGCUUUGAUUCAUCAACUCGAAUACUAUUUCAGUGAUGAGAAUUUAGUUAAGGAUUUCUUUUUGAAGCAGAAUAUGGAUGCGGAAGGAUGGGUGCCUUUGGAUUUAAUAUUGAGCUUUAAGAGAGUCAAGAUCAUUACCAAUCAAGGAGGAAUUUCAAUGGAAGAAGUUUUGAAGCAAUGUCGUAACAUUGAAGUGAACGAAGAGGGAAAUAAAGUGAGACGCGUUUAA